AUGUUCUUGCAGGAGAUCAACCGAAUAUAUGAAAUGUCCCAUCCUCCAUCAUUCCAGUCAAGAUAUGAGAAAUGGUGGGCAGCACAGCAAUCCAAUGACCAGUCUGGGGAAGCGAUUUCAGAAGAUGAUCUCACUUUUGGGGUGCUCGUUCUCCGAGUCUGCCUUCUCAGCAUCCAAAGCUUGCCACAUUCAAAGUAUCCUACCUCUGGAUUAUUGAGCACUCAUCUGGAUCACUCAGAGAAUUGGUUUUGUACCCUUGCCGAUGAGCUUGAGGAUUUUCAAACACUCGAAAAAAAGCCCACAAUAGUCACCGUCCAGCACCGGUUCUAUCAUGUGUGCUAUCUGCAGAACUAUGCGAAGAUUCGCCCGAGCUGGUCGGUUCUGAGUACUGCUGUGAAAGACGCACGUGAGCUAGGGCUGCAUCUGAAAGACCCAGGCAUCCCUGCCAGUGAAUUAGAUAUGGAACUUCGAAGACGGACCUUUUGGAAUCUUUACGUGUUGGAUCGUUUCAUGUGUACAUUUUUCGGACUCUGGCCACUCAUUCCUGAGGGAUACUUUGAUAUCGACCUACCGCACGAUAAUCUGCAGGCCCUAACGAUCACGCCUUAUGUCCUCACUCCAUUUACCGACCGAAUCUUUCACAUCAAGCUAGCUCGGUACCUUACUGCAUUUAUGAGCCCUCCUUCUUGGAAAGACGACCAGCAUACUCCGGCUGUAGUUGCCGAUUUUGCGCAGCGCUUUCAAGAAGUAAUUGUUGGCCAGCUGCCACCAGUAUUUUGGCUCGAUAACCCAGAUACCACGUGGGAUAUCGUGGAAUCCACCAUGCUUUGCAAGAGGGAGUGGCUUUAUCUUUCCAUCUACACCACAAAGGCUUCACUCUAUAGAGCCUUUGCCGAUCCCUGCAACAGUCUCCACCGGGACACAAACACGCCACUGAAGCACGGAACCGACCUCCUCACACUUUCUCACCGGCGAGCACUGAUGGAUUCCACAUGCAAGGUGAUUUCGUCCAUUACCAAGCUGUACGGCUUGACGGGUGAUGCUGAAGGCGGCGCUGCAGACAGGCUGUUCAUGCUACCGGUGCAGCUAGUGGACGCGCUAGCGUGUCUCGGGGUGUGUCUACUGUCUGUUCAAGCCGACGAAAAACGACUGGCAGGGAACGGAUUGCAAAUCAGCCCCGAUGCAGAGCUACAAUAUAGUUUUGUUGUGUUCUUUGAUGCUUUUAGUCUACUGUGUCGGCAAGCUCCGCAAUAUGGCUUGGCUAAGAGAGGUAUGAAAGUCCUGCAAAGUCUGCAUGGCAGCUUGCACGCCUCACUCAGCAGCCAGAGUUCUCUAGAGGCAGAACACAGUGAGAUGGUAAGAAUGAGAGCAUUCAGCAUAGGUCCGCCUGGUGGGAAUAGCUUCCAGCUGGAACACGCAUUGGUGUCUCUGCAUAGUCGCGGGGGUGAGGAGUCUCAUGGUCGCAAGUCGGUGCCCUUGCCAGAGUGGCUGCCCUCUUUCUUGGCAUCACCCGGUCGAACCUGGCUAUUCCAGGAUGGGGGGGUUUUUGGAAACCUGUUGGCAUAG